CGCGGAUUCUUAAAUGCUUGUCACCGCUCUGGGUACAUUGUUCAAGGUCAUCGUUUCACAUUCGAGGUGUAGAUAUUAGACAGGUGUCGCGUUAAUUGAAAACUAAAAACUUCACUAAAGUGCGAGACGUCGUUGAAUAAGUAACAAAAACAAAGUACUCGAUACAAUGGUUAAAGAAUACACAAGAGAAGAGGUUAAAUCACACAACAAUAAUCAAUCUACUUGGCUCAUUAUUCAUAACAACGUUUAUGAUGCUACACCGUUCUUAAAUGAGCAUCCUGGUGGCGAAGAAGUUUUGUUAGAACAAGCUGGAAAAGAUGCAAGCGAAGCGUUUGAAGAUGUUGGUCAUUCAAGCGAUGCCAGAGAAUUAAUGUUAAAGUAUAAAAUUGGGAUGUUGGUUGAAGCCGAUAGAACAGCAGUUAAAGAAAAGAAAACUACAUGGACGUCUCCGGACGAUAAUUCGAAUAAAAAUCAAUCUGGAUUAAAAGCUUGGAUUCUCCCGGUUGCACUUGGAGUCUUGGCCACUGUAUUUUAUCGUUUCUAUUUCCAAUCACAUUAGGAAGAAAACAUAGUGUCAAUGAUCAUCAUUAUAUUUUAAAUUAAUUAAAUAUGUAAUUUUUGUUUAAGAAGAGAUUAACACAAAAAGAACAUUGAAAUAGUCCUUAAAAUGAUAAUUUUUUAACAAUGUAAUUCCAUUAAAACAAAUAAGACUACAUAAAUAAUAAUAGAUUUAUUAUUAAAAUAAAUUUAUCGAUGUGGGACCAUUUCGAAAAAGUGGUAUGCAACAAAUUAUUCUUUUUCUGCUUUUUAUAAUUGUGUUAAAAAAAAAAUUGAUGUAAGAAAUCCUUUUCUUUUGCAUAAUCGUUAAUUUAUUAUUGAUAAGGUUUAAUUGCUGGGGAUUUAUAGCGCAAAAAACAAUGUAGGUAUAUAAAGUUUUAUGUUUUGGGGGCUAUUUACGUUUGUUAUUGCAUUUUUAUGUGUCCUAAAUGGACGAAGAUGUGCUGAUAAUAAAAGAAUAUAAAAAAAGUAA